AUGAAAAUACCGUUACCACGUUCAGUAUUAAAUUUAACUGGAUUAGAUAGCAUUAAAUUCCUUAAUGGUAUUUGUACACAAACUAUACCAACUCCGUCCGACGGUGGUAGAUACGCUGCUUUCUUAACACCUCAAGGUAGAAUGCUUUAUGAUACAUUCAUCUACCCAUACGACAACAAUUCUUAUUAUUUAGAAGUAGACAAUCGGGUAUCCGAUAGCGUUUUAGCGCUUUGUAAGAAGUACCAACUUCGAUCGAAAGUUAGAUUACAUAAGAUGGAUAAUGCCACAGUCUAUGCUAGUAAUGAUAUACCAAAUGAUUCAAUAGCCAGUAUGCAAGAUCCACGCAUUCCAUCACCGUUUAAUUCGCUCGCUAAUCGUAUCAUUUCGACUUGUGAGCACACACAAAGUAAUUCUUUGGAGGAAUACACUCGCGAUCGAUAUAAAUUGGGUAUACCAGAGGGUAUAGAUGACAUAUGGCCCGAUAAAUCAUUGCCUUUAGAGUGUAAUUUGGAUUACAUGAACGGUGUAAACUUCCGUAAAGGUUGCUACGUAGGACAAGAACUUACGAUACGCACUCAUCACACAGGUGUUGUUAGAAAGCGUGUUUUGCCUAUGAAAUUGACUCCACUUGAUGGAAAUCCAGACGGGAUUCCAGCGCCAAUGACAAAUAUCUACGCGCAGUUACCUACUAUCAAGAAACCAAAACAAGCAGGAAAGUUAUGUACAGGCAUUGCAAACACAGAUGGCAGCUAUGACGGUAUUGGUUUAUUUAGAUUAGAAAUGCUAGUGAGAGCAUCAGAGGAUAUGUUUGUAACAACGGAAAACGGUGGUCGCUAUAAAGUCAACGCAUCUAUCCCAUCGUGGUGGCCGCAUGACGAUAAAACCGAGGCGAUUCUCAACGGAGAGCUUUAG